AUGAAGCUUCUCUUCUCCAUCUGCUUCCUCUUCUUCCUUCUGCAUGCCACUCACGUGGAGUCCCGGCGGCGCCACUCCGACCAGCGGUCGUUCAAGCUGUUCGUGUUCGGCGACUCAUUUGCCGACAACGGAAACCUCAAGAAAGACGAGUUGAGCAAGACGACGCGAGAUUGGUACUACCCGUACGGCAUCUCGGACUCCGAUCAUGACAACCAACCGACCGGCCGCUUCUCCGAUGGCCUGGUCCAAUCUGACUUCAUCGCGAAGAUUCUGGGGCAGGACGAGUCCCCUCCGGCGGAGAGGCUGAGGGACAAGAAUGUCGACCUGUUUGGCAUGAACUUCGCCGUCGGCUGGGCCGGCGUGAACGAUGAGCACGAGCCGAAGCUCGGCACGCAGAUCGACAAAUUCAGGAGACUGGUCAGGCACGGGAUCAUCGAGAAAGACCUUAGCGACUCGGUCGCACUCGUCGCCAUCUCCGGUUUCGACUACUCGGACAUCCCCGACGAGAACACCGACUAUGACAACUUUGUCGACUUCAUUGCCAGCGUAACCGAUGAGAUCGCCCACGGCGUGAAGCGGAUUCAAGAGCUGGGUGUCUCCAAGGUGCUUGUGAACAUGCUGCACCCGAUGGGCUGCACGCCGUGGUACUCCAGGUCGAACAACUAUACCAAGUGCCUCAGCGAACCGGUCGCGGAAAUCCACAACAAGUAUCUCAAGCAUAAGCUACGUUCAGUAGAAUCGGUCCUCCUGCUCGAUUUGAACACCAUCUUCAAAGACAUCAUCGUUCCCAAAACCGAGAAACUGUUCGAGCACAGGCACACGCCGUGCUGCGAGAGCUUCGACGAGAGCGGAUACUGUGGGCAGUACGACGAGGACGGCAACCCACAGUUCUGGACGUGCACCAACCCUGAGAAGUACUUCUACUGGGACGAGUGGCACCCGACGCAGGCCGGCUGGAAGGCCGUCAUGGAGCAGCUCGAAGGGUCCAUCAAGGAUUUUCUAGAAAUCUCUAGUUAA